AUGGGCUCCACUAGAUUGUACAGCAAAGGUCGCGUUCUCGGUCACAAGCGUGCCAAACGCAAUUCCCGUCCCAAUACUUCUCUGAUCCAGAUUGAGGGCGUUGCUACCAAAGAGGAUGCCCAAUUCUACCUCGGAAAGCGCGUGGCCUUUGUUUACAAGGCUAAGCGGGAGAUCCAAGGGUCAAAAAUCCGUGUCAUCUGGGGGCGAGUCACCAGGCCUCAUGGAUCUUCAGGUGUUGUGAAGUCAAAAUUCCGAAGCAACCUCCCCCCACAGGCAUUCGGCGCCAGCGUCCGUGUUAUGCUCUACCCCUCCACCAUCUGA